AUGGCCCCCAUGUGCCUGGGAAGCAUGGAAGCCCUGAUAAGGCAAUCAGGCGAUGAUGAUACGUCUUCAGAGCUGCAGCGGAUUGCUGCUUUGGAUGAGGCAGGCCAGCAAUCCGGCGCUGCCCGUCGUGGGAAAAGGGGUCUCGGCAGGAUAGCCCGGCUGGUGGUGGUGCUCAGGGAAUGGGCAAACAAAAGUCUGCGGGAAGAACAGGAGCGCCCGGAUUCUUUCCUCGAACGGUUCCGUGGGCCAGAUGUGCAGACCUUGACUGCCAGUAAUAAAGAACAAAGCCAGGGUAAAGAGGACGGCAAAAAGAAGAAAAAGCAGUGGGAUCUCUUUCUGGUGGAUCCUGCCGGGGACUGGUAUUACCGCUGGCUUAUGGUCAUUGCAUUGCCUGUUCUGUAUAACUGGUGCAUGCUGGUAGCACGAGCCUGUUUUACUGAGCUCCACAAACGGUAUUUGAUCCUGUGGCUGACUCUGGACUAUGUCUCUGAUAGCAUCUAUCUUAUUGACAUUGUCAUCCGGCUGCGUACAGGUUUCCUUGAGCAGGGCUUACUCGUCAGAGACCUCAAGAAGCUGGGUGAUAAAUAUGUCGCUACCUUACAAUUUAAGCUUGAUAUUCUCUCCAUCGUACCUACUGAUUUGGCUUACUUUGCCACAGGCUUAGGCCGGCCUGAGAUACGCUUCAAUAGGCUGCUACGCUUCUCCCGUAUGUUUGAGUUCUUUGAUCGUACUGAGACAAGGACCAGCUACCCAAACAUCUUUCGGAUCAGCAACCUAGUGCUAUACAUCUUGGUCAUCAUCCAUUGGAAUGCCUGCAUUUAUUAUGCCAUUUCUAAGUCCAUUGGCUUUGGAGAAGACACCUGGGUUUAUCCAAAUAUAUCAGAUCCAGAGUAUGGAUAUCUGACAAGGGAGUAUAUCUAUUGUCUCUAUUGGUCUACACUGACCUUGACAACCAUUGGAGAGACUCCUCCUCCUGUGCGUGAUGAAGAGUACCUCUUUGUCAUCUUUGACUUCCUGAUUGGAGUUCUCAUCUUUGCUACAAUUGUGGGAAAUGUGGGUGCCAUGAUCUCCAACAUGAAUGCCACCAGAGCAGAAUUCCAGGCCAAGAUUGAUGCUGUUAAACACUACAUGCAAUUUCGCAAAGUGAGCAAGGAUAUGGAGGCCAAGGUCAUUAGGUGGUUUGAUUAUCUCUGGACCAAUAAGAAAACCAUGGAUGAAUGGGAAGUGCUCAAGAACCUACCCGACAAGUUGCGAGCAGAGAUAGCCAUUAAUGUCCACCUAGAGACUUUGAAGAAAGUGAGGAUAUUCCAGGACUGUGAGGCUGGGCUCUUGAUAGAACUAGUGCUGAAGCUCCGUCCUCAGGUUUUCAGCCCAGGAGAUUAUAUUUGCCGAAAGGGGGACAUUGGUAAGGAGAUGUAUAUCAUCAAAGAAGGGAAACUGGCUGUGGUGGCUGAUGAUGGCGUGACUCAGUAUGCUUUGCUGACUCCAGGAUGCUGCUUUGGUGAGAUCAGCAUUCUCAACAUCAAAGGGAGCAAAAUGGGGAACAGGCGGACAGCAAACAUACGUAGCAUUGGCUACUCUGACCUCUUCUGCCUGUCAAAGGAGGACCUCAUGGAGGCAGUGACCGAGUACCCGGAUGCCAAGAAAGUCCUGGAGGAACGUGGCCGUGAAAUUCUGGUCAAGGAAGGGCUGUUGGAUGAAGCAGCAGCAGCUGAAAGUGUGGAAGGGAAUGUGGGACAGAAGUUGGACAGGCUGGAAGGCAGUCUGGAGACACUGCACACCCGCUUCUCCCGGCUAUUGGCUGACUAUGAUGCUGCCCAGAUGAAACUCAAACAGCGCAUAACCUUCUUGGAGACCAAACUGAAGAAAUACAACCAGGAUGACUUUUUCUCUGAUGCUUCUGACAAUCCACAAGAGGAUGAGGUGAAAAACAAACCAUGA